CUCGUCUUCCCUCCAGCUGGCGAGGAGUGGCGGGGUCUGGAGUCCCUCUCCGCCCCGGCGCAGAGCAGGAUCGAUCACCCCGGGGCGGGGGGCAGGGCCAGCUCACGUCCCCGCGAGGCCCAGAGCGCGAGUCUGCAGCCGCCCUUCCCCGCCCGCGGCUCGCACACCAGCCUGCACUUCCGCGUUUCCCCCGCCGGGCCAAAGAGCCCGGGCCCGCGGUGUCGCGGCGCACGCGGUGGGGGAGUCGCAGGGUCAUCCCCCGGGGAGGCGGAGGCGCACGAGGUGGGAGGAGGAAGUGUCCGGGAGGGGCGUCGGCGGGCGGGUCGGGUUACCGUGGCCCCGCCUGACCCGGUGACAUCCCGGCGCGCUCGCCGCGAGCCCAGGGCCACUCUGGUUCUCGGCGAGGCCGACUCCGCCCUGGCUGGAGGAUCCUGGCGCCCCUGCCCACCCGCUGUCCCCUCGCGCGUGAGGACUGAUCUCAGGCUGAACAAUGGCAUUUCAAAAGGCAGUGAAAGGGACUGUUCUUGUGGGCGGAGGAGCUCUGGCCACUGUUUUGGGACUCUCUCAGUUUGCUCAUUACAGAAGGAAGCAAGUGAGCCUGGCUUAUGUGGAAGCAGCAGAGUGCCUCACAGAGCCUGUGAACAGGGAGCCUCCCUCCAGAGAAGCUCAGCUCAUGACGCUGCAGAACACAUCGGAAUUUGACAUCCUUGUUAUUGGAGGAGGAGCCACAGGAAGUGGCUGUGCACUAGAUGCUGUCACCAGAGGACUAAAAACAGCCCUUGUAGAGAGAGAUGACUUCUCAUCGGGGACCAGCAGCAGAAGUACUAAAUUGAUCCAUGGUGGCGUGCGAUACCUCCAGAAGGCUAUCAUGAAGUUGGAUGUUGAGCAGUAUAGGAUGGUGAAAGAAGCCCUCCACGAGCGUGCCAACUUACUAGAAAUCGCUCCCCACUUAUCAUCUCCGUUGCCUAUAAUGCUUCCAAUUUACAAGUGGUGGCAGCUGCCUUAUUACUGGGUGGGAAUCAAGCUGUAUGAUCUGGUUGCAGGAAGUAAUUGCCUGAAGAGCAGUUACGUCCUCAGCAAAUCCAGAGCCCUGGAGCACUUCCCCAUGCUGCAGAAGGACAAGCUGGUAGGAGCCAUCGUCUACUAUGAUGGACAACACAACGAUGCACGGAUGAACCUCGCCAUUGCCCUCACCGCUGCCAGGUAUGGGGCUGCCACAGCCAAUUACAUGGAGGUGGUGAGCUUGCUCAAGAAGAAAGACCCCGAAACUGGGAAAGAGCGUGUGAGCGGCGCACGGUGCAAGGAUGUCCUCACAGGGCAGGAGUUUGACGUGAGAGCCAAAUGUGUUAUCAAUGCCACCGGACCUUUCACAGACUCCGUGCGCAAAAUGGAUGACAGCAAUGCCCCUGUCAUCUGCCAGGCCAGUGCAGGUGUCCACAUUGUGAUGCCCGGGUACUACAGCCCUGAGAACAUGGGACUUCUUGAUCCUGCAACCAGUGAUGGGAGAGUUAUCUUUUUCCUGCCUUGGGAGAAGAUGACUAUUGCUGGCACUACCGAUUCACCAACAGACAUCACUAGCCAUCCUAUUCCUUCAGAAGAAGACAUCAACUUUAUCUUGAAUGAAGUGCGGAACUACUUAAGUUGUGAUGUUGAAGUGAGAAGAGGGGAUGUCCUGGCAGCAUGGAGUGGCAUUCGUCCCCUUGUCAUUGAUCCCAAGUCUGCAGACACUCAGUCCAUCUCCCGAAAUCAUGUUGUCGAUGUCAGUGAGAGUGGCCUCAUCACAAUAGCAGGUGGGAAGUGGACGACGUAUCGCUCUAUGGCAGAAGACACUGUGAAUGCAGCUAUCAAGGUCCACAACUUGAAAGCAGGCCCGAGUAGGACAGUUGGGCUGUUCCUUCAAGGAGGCAAAGAUUGGAGCCCCACACUCUACAUCAGGCUUGUCCAGGACUACGGGCUUGAGAGUGAGGUGGCACAGCAUCUUGCCACCACCUACGGUGACAAAGCUUUCGAGGUGGCCAAAAUGGCAAGUGUGACUGGAAAACGGUGGCCUGUUGUGGGAGUGCGUCUCGUGUCAGAGUUUCCGUACAUCGAAGCAGAGGUGAAAUACGGGAUCAAGGAAUAUGCCUGCACCGCAGUUGACAUGAUUUCACGUCGCACCCGCCUGGCCUUCCUCAAUGUCCAGGCUGCAGAGGAAGCCCUGCCCAGGAUUGUUGAAUUAAUGGGCAGAGAAUUGAACUGGAGCGAGUCUAAGAAACAGGAAGAACUUGAAAUAGCCACAAAGUUUCUGUAUUAUGAAAUGGGCUCUAAAUCUCGAUCAGAACAGCUCACAGAUCGUUCUGAAAUCAGCCUGCUGCCUUCAGACAUUGAUAGGUACACCAAGAGAUUUCUUAAGUUUGAUGAAGACGAGAAGGGCUUUAUUACCAUUGUUGAUGUUCAGCGUGUACUAGAGAACAUCAAUGUGCAAAUGGAUGAAAACACGCUGCACGAAAUUCUCAAUGAAGUAGAUUUGAACAAGAAUGGGCAAGUUGAACUCAAUGAAUUCCUGCAGCUGAUGAGCGCAAUUCAGAAAGGAAGGGUGUCUGGAAGCCGACUUGCCAUCCUGAUGAAAACCGCUGAAGAGAACUUGGACCGAAGAGUUCCAAUUCCUGUGGAUCGUAGUUGUGGAGGAUUGUGAGUCUGACCAGUCAGUCCACAGCCAGCAAGCAUAGGACAGCCAGCACCAUGCACCGAGCGGAGACGACUCACACCGCUCUAACAUAGUGGCUAUGGUAGCGUGUUUCAAACAACAACAACAACAAACACUGGAAAACAUUCCAAAACUUUGAAGAUGUUGGUGUAUUUGCCAACUUAAUUUGCCAAUCCUUUGUUUUUGUUAUUCAGUCUAGCUUCUAAAAAGUGCUUUUCUCAUUUUUAGAGCACACUGAUUUAAUGUGUGUAUCCAUUGUGUAACCUGUUAGACUUGACACUCUGCCUUUUCACUCAUUCGUUCAUUCAUUCAUUCAUUCACAUCAGUUUUGGAGGCAGACUCUACAAGCUUGAAAAGAAGCUAGAAAAUGUGAGCACGCAGAUAGCAUUAUGGUUUUCUUCUUAGACAUAAUCAUGUUUGGGGAGACUUCUCAACCCUUUCCUUCUACCUCCCCUUCCAAAUAUUCCUGCACACUUUCCUGUUUAGGGUAACACUGCCUAAUCUGGAGAGGGAAGACAAAGUUUAGAUCUGGUUAAGAUUUGGUUACAUUUCUAAAAGAAAAAGUCUGAAAGCUUCCAGAAUCACAGGAGUAAUAUAAAGACAGCACUGACAUUUGCCGGGAGGUACAGUGAUAGUUGCUUCUCAACAGUUCAUUUUUUUCCCCAGGCACUGCUGGCUUUCUUUGACUAUUAUAGUUGCCAGAAAAAAAUCCUUGCUUUUUUUACUUUAAAACCAGCAUUUGAGUGGCAAGUUGGAUAUAAUGGGAUGAGACCAAAUCUUUCCAUUUCUUAUGGGAGUAAUGAUAAAACACAGUUUUCAAUCCCACAAGUCCUGAAUCUUGCAGUGGGUGGUAUCGUCAGACCUGUUCUUCUUGGGGUGGGCAGUAUUUGCAAAGAGAUAAUACAAAAGAAUUGGGCAGACUUUAGUUAACAUGAAUUAUAACAUCAAAAUAAGACAUACCACUUUAAUAUCCAAGGACAAUCUGCUUGCCAAAGCCUUUCUCUUUGUGUACUCAAUGGGAAAAAAUUCUCAUUCUACCAAAAAUAAAAAAAAUAAAAUAAAUCAAAGAAAGACACUUCCCCCCCCACACACACAAAUAAAAAACAAAACUGAAUGUGCAUUGAAUUCAACAAAUAAAGCACUGAAUAGAGAUGCCAGUUGGAAGAUACUUCUGCUAUAUUCUGUUGGCAUUAUAACUAGUAAUCUUAAUAUUUAUUAAUUGUGCUCCCUUUUUUGAAGCUGCCAAUGAUGGUUUUGUGUGCAUAAGAGGAGAUGCAGCCCUUGGUUCAUACUCCUCUCCAGGCAGGUUGGGGCAGGCUGUGUGAACUGGUACAUAAAGCACCUUCGUGCUACUCUUUCUGCUUAUGCGGGCAUGUUUUUCUGCUUCGUUCAGUAUGGGUUAUGAGUCCGCAUAUCAUAAUAUAAACUGGGAAGUUCACUUACCUAAGCCCCUCCCCCCAAAUAUGCAGAAACUGCAGGGAGGGACAGCUCAACUCAUUUUAUUAUUAAAUGAAGUUUAGAUACUUCCAUUUCUGCAGGAUAACCUGACAGAGAGCAAGUGACAUCAUAGCAGGUGUCGCUGAAGUUUUUCUUUCAAAGUGUUAAUAUUUUACACUGUUUUAAAAUUAUUAUUUUUUGCCAGGCGGUGGUGGCGCACGCCUUUAAUCCCAGCACUUGGGAGGCAGAGGCAGGCGGAUCUCUGUGAGUUCGAGACCAGCCUGGUCUACAAGAGCUAGUUCCAGGUCAGGCUCCAAAGCCACAGAGAAACCCUGUCUCGAAAAAAAAAAAAUUAUUUUUUAAUAAAUGCAAGCACGUGGCUUUGCGAUUGUUUUUCUAUCAUGACAGUUAAGUUCACUUUAUACCUCGUGACAGUUAAGAUGGCAGAAAAGCUGUCCUUUAAGACAUCCCUCCCCCCAAAAAAAGGUACCCCAAAUGAUAUAUCACAAUACUCUACAUCUCUCUCUUUUCUUUUUCUCUCUUUCUAGUUAGAUCAAGAUAACCAUGGCUUGUGUCACCCCUGAUUCUCUUACAGUAGGGACUGGGCUUAGAAUGUGACUUGCUCAGGCCAAUCUGUGUUUGGAAAGCCGGUCUUGUUUGUACAUGCUUUGCUAUGGAUGAAGUUCCUUUAAGGACAAAGAGAAGUGCACUUUUCUUCAUUUGCGCUUAUCUGCUUUGGCUUAAAAAUCUGCUUGUUCUAAGACAUGCUCCUUCACCAAUCCCAGAGACUCACUCCUUGUGGAAAUGGCAUCGCUGUGAGGAAAGCACCCCAGCGUUUCCCUAGGAGUGUCUCAUUAAGCCUGGACAGCUAAGCAAAGGAGAAAGGAAAUAGGGGAACAAGCCCCUUUAAAACUAAUUCAGAAAAUGAAACAUACUUUUUCCUUUUCAUAUAGCCCUGGUAUUUGUUGACUCUGUUCCGGUGUGGGAGUGGGUGAGCGGGGAUUACCUUUUAUUAUCAAGUGAUUUAUUUCAAGAGCCUCUGAGGGGAUUCAGGUGAAGGAACCGCAUCUGUGCUGGAGGGCUGCAUACCCCUUUAACUAGCCUCCGCCUCGGUGGUAAUAACAGUGAUAAGGCUGGAUUACUUGUUUAGCUAAGGUUGUCUGCCUCACAUCCAUCAUGCUGCGUAUUCCUGCUUUCAGUCUGUUCCCACUGAGGGUAACUUCCGAUUUCUGCCAUCGAGUGCAUGCUUUGUAUUCUGCCUUCGUUUACGGCUUGAUUUUGGUCUAUUUCAAAAUAUGUACAACAAAAAUGUUCCUUCUGAUUUUUAACUCAGUACAGCUUAGGGAUUGUCACUGAUUUUUUUCUUACCCUCUUUUUUAUUCUUUGUUAAAAGGUCUUUUGCAUAUGAAUGUAAUAAUGUAUUGACUUCGCUGAUGCUGUAAACUCUCACUGCAUUUGACUCUAGGGAGUAAAAAAGCCCUACUGUGUUUUCAAAGGCUAUCAAGUCUUAGUCCAGCCCCAGAGAGGACAUCCUCCCUCACUGCAUGCUUUUAUACUGUCACACUUUUAUGUAUUGUGUUUGGGUUAUCGUUCUGGACUGGACUGUUAAAUGCUGUGUUUGAGGCUGGGUUGUCAUUUUUAUAACUGUCUUGGUAUUUUAUCACCAUUAUUUAUUACUUUUGAUAUACAGAAUGAGCCGCAUGCAUUUAUAGAGCAAUAAGAAGAUGUAUUUAAUGUGCCUUGUUUUUAACUGAGUAAGAGCCGAAAGCAUGAAUCAAUAAAAGCUGAUUAAAAUGGU